GGCCGAGGAGCAGUGGAAGCAGCAACUUCUGCCAUUAUUCCCACGACUGACCGAGCGAGGCAUCUUGAGCGCCACAAUGAGGGAACCUGGGUAUGGAGACAACUUUUGAUCAUUGCGGCCAUUGUGGACCACGAAGAUUUCUACCUCGUCUCUCCAGCUCCUCAAAGUGCCCACAUUCAAGUUCCUGCACGUUCUUGGCUAUCCGUCAUCGUCUCUUCCACAAUCCCCAUACUUCAUAUACAUCGCGCUCUACUGUAUCACAUAUCUGCAAGUUCCCACAUUCCAGUCGCUGCGUACCGCCAUUGCCAUCCUGAAAGUCAGACAUUCCUCGUCUCUACCUCUUCCACACCGUGCGCUCCGCCAGUA